UUCAACAUGACCAAGAAUCCUAACAUUGGUCGCCAAAAGAUCACAAUGGCAAAAAUAGCCAAGAAGAAUAAUCUACAAGUAACAUUCUCCAAGCGUCGUGCUGGACUUUUUAAGAAGGCUAGUGAACUUUGCACACUUUGUGGGGUUGAUGUUGCAAUAAUUAUCUUCUCACCUGCCAAGAAGGUAUUUUCCUUCGGACAUCCUCGAGUUGAAUCUAUCAUUGAUCGCUUUCUCAGUUCCAGAAACCUUCUUUUUCGAAACUCUACUACUAGCCGGCUGGUUGAAGCACAUCGAAAUGCUAAUAUCCAUGAACUGAACAUCCAAUUAACUCAGCUUCUUGAACAUCUAGAAAUUGAAAAAAGGAGGGGAGAAGCAGUUGAUAAGAUUAGGAAAGCUAGCCAGAAGAAUCAAUGUUGGUGGCAGGCUCCUAUUAAUGAACUUGGAUUGGAUGAGUUAGAACAGCUGAGAAUUGCACUUGAAGAGCUGAAGAAGAAUGUAGCAAAGCAAGCCAACAAGGCUUUGGUUGAGUCAGCUAAUAAUCAGUGGCAAUUUCUGGCAGUCAAUGGCAUUGGACGACACGUUAAUCCUUUUGAGAACAAAUUCAAUGAGACCAAUCUCCACUGCAGUGUCACUGAUCAUCAAGCGUAUGGCUUUGACAGUUACAAGAUAAAGAAAGCAAGCAAGGGAACUUUAGUUUGUGGGCCUCAUACACCAUGA